AUGGGUGACGAAGUCGACGUGCUCGCCCUCAAACCCUUUCGCGAUGUCGUCGAGCACGCGAACACGGCCUUGGAAAAUUCUGGCGAAAAUGAGGUCAUGCGCAAGGCGGCCAAGAAGCUUCUCAGAGAAGGCGAAAAGGCAGUAAAGCUCAUUGAACCCCAGUGCACCAAACGGCACACUGAAUAUGGAGACAACUUUCUCAACGCUCUUCGAGAGAACGAAGAAAUUAAAGAACCUCGGGCGAAACUUGGCCGUCUAGUAUACGGCUUCGACGAAUAUGUCGAGGAGGACGAAUUCGAAGCCGACAAGUAUACCGAGCUCCAGGGCCUCACACGAGAGGUUGCCCUGAAAAUCUACGAAGUUUUAAUCAGCAUGAAGCUCGAGGCAACUUUACCCAAAGACAACCUACCACAUUCAUUUCUCAACGAAUUUUCGCCACCGUCUUCGCCAAUGCCCCCGCCAAACUUUCCUAUACCACCAACACCUCCUCGUUCGUCGGUCCAAAGCGCGACAUACGCGCCAUCCAGCACACCACCAGGCGCGCCGAUCCGCACUUUUCAAAGCGUCUACUACGCCAACGAGGAGCUCGAAAACUUUCGCGACAGACAGCCCAGUAGUGUGCUGGCUCCAGAAGACGAGCCAGUCGUCAGCCCCUCUCAGCUGGCUCCGCCUCCUCAGCAGCCGCCGCCCCCUCGGCCGCCUUCCGCCAACCCAUGGGAUACAACCUCGCUAUCGGAGGGGAACGGCUGCCGCGUCGUCCACCGAUGGCGCCCGCCUCACCGCAUCUUCCGCGUUCAACGUCAUCGCCAGUCAGUCCUGGCCAGCAUCGGCUUAGCCCUGCUCUCCCGCGCCGCCCCAUAG